UUUAGCUCUCUGAAUGCUGGUGUUGCAAGGCACAAUUCCUUUUGAGAUAAUCACUGAACAGAAGAUAACCAUGUGGCUCUUCAUCUAUCAUCUUAUUACACCCUGUUUCGUCUUCUGCCUGGCAGUAGAGGAAGGAAACAAAGGUUAUGGACCCGUUUUUGAGGAGCAACCCAUUGAUACCAUCUACCCAGAAGAAUCUUCAGAUGGACAAGUUUCAAUGAACUGCAGGGCUCGAGCAAUUCCUUUUCCUACUUACAGGUGGAAACUCAACAACUGGGAUAUUGAUUUAACAAAGGAUCGCUACAGUAUGGUGGGAGGCAGACUUGUUAUCAAUAAUCCAGAGAAAUCAAGGGAUGCUGGAAAAUAUGUCUGUGUAGUGUCGAAUAUCUUUGGAACUGUCAGAAGCAGUGAAGCCACUCUGAGUUUUGGAUAUCUGGAUCCCUUUCCACCUGAGGAACGCUAUGAGGUUAAAGUACGAGAAGGUGUUGGAGCAGUGCUGCUUUGUGAGCCCCCUUACCACUACCCAGAUGACCUCAGUUAUCGCUGGCUUCUAAAUGAGUUCCCGGUAUUCAUUGCUUUGGACAAACGACGAUUUGUGUCACAGACGAAUGGCAAUCUCUACAUUGCAAAUGUAGAAGCUUCAGAUAAGGGCAAUUAUUCAUGUUUUGUGUCCAGCCCUUCAAUAACAAAGAGUGUAUUCAGUAAAUUUAUUCCACUUAUUCCACAGUCCGAUCGUGCAAAAGUAUAUCCUGCUGAUAUCAAGGUGAAGUUCAAGGACACGUAUGCUCUCCUGGGGCAAAACGUGACGCUGGAGUGUUUUGCUCUUGGGAAUCCGGUUCCUGAACUCAGAUGGAGUAAAUACCUUGAACCCAUGCCAGCCACUGCUGAGAUAAGCAUGUCUGGUGCAGUUCUUAAGAUCUUCAAUAUUCAGUAUGAAGAUGAAGGACUUUAUGAGUGUGAAGCUGAAAACCAUAAAGGAAAAGAUAAACAUCAAGCAAGAGUUUAUGUACAAGCCUCUCCUGAGUGGGUGGAACAUAUCAAUGACACAGAGAAGGAUAUAGGCAGUGACCUAUACUGGCCUUGUGUAGCUACAGGCAAGCCUAUUCCGACAAUUAGGUGGUUGAAGAAUGGUGCCUCGUUCCGGAAAGGUGAACUAAGAAUGCAAAGUCUGAGCUUUGAUGAUGCCGGCAUGUACCAAUGUAUAGCAGAAAACACGCAUGGAAUUAUUUAUGCAAAUGCUGAACUGAAGAUUGUGGCUUCACCUCCUACUUUUGAACUGAACCCUAUGAAGAAGAAAAUCCUAGCAGCUAAAGGAGGCCGUGUAAUCAUUGAAUGCAAGCCUAAAGCUGCUCCUAAGCCAAAAUUCUCCUGGAGCAAAGGAACAGAAUUGCUUGUAAAUGGGAGCCGCAUACGUAUCUGGGAUGAUGGGAGCCUGGAAAUUAUCAAUAUCACAAAGCUGGAUGAAGGUCGCUACACCUGUUUUGCAGAAAAUAACCGAGGAAAAGCCAAUAGCACUGGUGUUCUAGAAAUGACAGAAGCUACAAGGAUUACUUUAGCUCCGUUGAAUGUUGAUGUCACCGUUGGAGAGAAUGCUACCAUGCAAUGCAUUGCAUCCCAUGAUCCCACAUUAGACCUGACAUUUAUUUGGUCUCUAAAUGGCUUUGUAAUAGAUUUUGAGAAAGAGCACGAACAUUAUGAAAGGAAUGUUAUGAUUAAAUCCAAUGGUGAGCUGCUCAUUAAAAACGUCCAGCUGCGGCACGCAGGGAGGUACAUGUGCACCGCGCAGACGAUUGUGGACAACUCCUCGGCUUCAGCUGACCUGGUGGUAAGAGGUCCUCCAGGCCCUCCCGGAGGUAUAAGAGUAGAAGAAAUCAGAGACACUGCUGUAGCACUUACCUGGAGUCGUGGAACAGACAAUCAUAGCCCUAUUUCUAAAUACACUAUCCAGUCAAAAACCUUUCUAUCUGAAGAGUGGAAAGAUGCCAAAACAGAACCAUCAGAUAUUGAAGGAAAUAUGGAAUCUGCUACAGUGAUUGAUUUAAUUCCAUGGAUGGAAUAUGAGUUCCGGAUAAUAGCAACAAACACUCUGGGGACAGGAGAACCUAGUAUGCCAUCACAAAGAAUUAGAACUGAAGGCGCUCCUCCUAAUGUGGCUCCCUCUGAUGUCGGAGGAGGGGGUGGGAGCAAUCGAGAGCUGACAAUAACGUGGAUG